AUUUACUGCUGACUCAAGUUUACAGCGCUGACGCCUUUGUCGGAACCGAAGCCACCGGCGCCAUGUCAUGGGCUUUCAUUACCGCCCUGAAAGCCAAUCCCAAACAGAGCUACGUCGAGCUGCUCAACAGUAUCCGAGAAAUUCUCGAGACCAAGUAUACUCAAAAGCCACAGCUGUCUUGCAGCCAUCCUCUAGAUGUUGCUCCAAAAUGAACUUGAACUGUCUGGGUAGAAAACAGGAUAAUUUAGGAUAACUUUGAAGUAAAGCUAUAUUGGAUAUUUUAUAGCAAAAACCAGCUGAAAAUAAGUGUAAUGUGUACCUAUAUAUAGGGGAGGGGGACUUAUAUGGACCAGUAUGUCCCGUACAUGACACAGCAUCAAUCUGCUGGGCGUACGAGGAGUAAGUACGUGCUUCAUUCUCACUUUGUGGGCUUGCUUCUUCUUGGGUACCCAGAUUUUAGUCACUUCAUCGCUUCUUGGUCUUCAUUGUUUACUCUUUUACCAUCUCAAUCUACAAGAUGGAGUAUCUCCUUGUGCUGCAUCAUGCAAUUCACCAACCUCGAAUGCCACACAAUUUUAUCUCCAUUUCUCAAUCCCUCUUUCGCUACUUCAGACUGCUCUUUCGCACUACUGACAAUACCAGCAGCGAGGCUCGAUUCCUCAAAUCUCAUAUCCAGCACCCGCCGUUCCUUAGGUCGAAUUCCAUCGAAAGCGGUCUUCAUAUCCUCCAAAUUCAUAGUUUCACCGUUCAUCAUUUCUGGAAGUGCUCCUUGGCAGGCUUUUCUCCAACCCAAUCGCGUAGAUACUCGAACCAGUCUUUAAUCUGAAUUUUCUCACUACGCUGUCGACGACUA